AUGGCAUCAACCGACGUCAUCCCAGCUUUCAUAACGUACCAGAGACCCAACACUCGGCCGCCGAUUUUUGUAGCAGGGACUUACUCCGAUCCACCAUGGCAGCCAGAAGAGAUGGAGUACACCACCAACGCGGAAGGGCACCAUGUUUUCAUGAAGGAAGUCUUUGCCAAACCAGGUUCGAAGAUCCAGUACAAGUUCCGCGUCGGUACCGGAGACUGGUGGGCCGUUGAUGAACGCAGUCAUACGGUGCGAGAUAGCUCUGGAAACCAGAAUAAUGAGAUGGAGAUGCAUUCCCAUAAGGGGUUGUCCGACAAGGCUGCCGCUACAGGAAGUGUGGGACUGGACACGGCAAACAUUUCUGGGAAACAUACGAAUUCCGUCCACGAUACGACGCUCUCGAAGGCAGAGACCGAGUCGCCGAAAACUGAGGAUCGUCUACCCCAGCCGGCCGAAAGCUCAAGCAAAGUCCUUUCACCCUCUUCCGAUGCCCAUAGCGCAAAGGUUGCUGCCGAGGUGGGAGAGCCCGCCGCCCUCCUUGAUAGAGAGGAGAAGCCGAAAGCAAAGACAGAGAAACAAGCUCGCCCACGCUCAGCGACCCCUUUCACAGAAAGUGCGAAUAUUGCAGCAGAGGUUGGCGAGCCGGCCGCCCUUCCAGACAGUGAAGUGAAACCAGAAAAGGCACCAAUUCCUAAAGACAGCCCACGUUCCAACACCCCCUUUACGGAAAGCGCCAAUGUUGCAGCAGAGACACCCCUUUUACGGAAAGCGCCAAUAUUGCAGCAGAGACAGCCCGCGUGCAAAUACCCCUUUUACGGAAAGCGCGAAUAUCGCAGCGGAGGUAUCGCAGCAGAGGUCGGGGAGUCUGCAGCCCUUCUUGACAAGGAAGAGCAAGCAGAACCCGAAAAGCCGGACGAGGAUGCGGAGAAAACCGAAGCUCGCCCCAGCUCAGCUACCCCUAUUGCUGAAACUGGAAACACUGCUGCAGAGGUGGCAGAUACGGCAAAGGCGCUGGACAACGAAGAGGCUGCAUUCGAGUUGGAAGUGCGUCCGGACAACUUCGGCAUUCCAGACCACCAUGAAGAGCAUCAAGUUGGGUAUAAAGAUGAGGACUACGAACACGAUCAUAUGCCACCCCUCUUUCCCUACGAGUAUGCUGGUUUGUAUGAUGACGAUGAGGGGCCCAGGGCAGAUGAAGCCGAGGUGGCCCGCCAACACGAAGGGAAGUCUCCCAAGGAAGAAGAGGACUUGGAUCUCGACAAUAUUGAUGUCAAUGACCCAACACUGGAGCGUUUCCCGUCGAAUCGGGAGGAGAUCAUCGACACGGUUCGGAAGAUAGAAACGGGCCUUUCAGAGGACCAACCGGCAUUUGAAGCUGUCCCUCCGUCUCCUAUUGUCACUUCAUUGCGGCCGGGCGCGGAGGACAUCCUGGGCGGCGACCAUUUCCUGUCUUCGCCAAUCGCUGCGAGUCCUAUAGUUGUCAGUCCCCUCUUUCCCCGGGCACAAAGGCGCCUGGCAGUUCCCAGGUCGCCUCGUGGCUCCAUCAGUUCGGCUCAUUCGUCAGCAUUGUCGCUUCAGUCUAUCUCAGAGGGUGAAGAACCUAGCGGCAGCGACCAAAGUCGAUCAUCUCCGGCGAUGCUCUCCUCUGAUCCCCCAAAGCUGUCCCAGUCCUAUUAUGUGGUGUCACCCGGUAGUGACGAGGACGAAGGCAUUGACCUGAAAACUGGCAAUGGAUCGCCCAAGGGGCAAAAUGGGGACCUUCUGGCUCCCGAUUGGAUGGCGGCGCUGCCACAGCAAGCUACCUUGAAAAGUCAAUCUGAACCGGCUCCAGGGGUCUCGGACUCGGCAAAGCCGCAGACGAGCAAUGGCAAAGCCGUGGCGGGCCCAGCUUCGGGUAAACCGAUACCGACAGAGUCGGAGAGGCCCCGAACGCAAAGCCCGCGCAUCGUGAUUGAGCAUGUGAAGGAUGCAGACGGCGACGCUGACAGCCACCACUCGGACGAGGAUGGCCACAUCGAACACGCAAACGGCACUGGGGGCGAGACAUAUAACGAAGCAACGGCUGAGACGGCAGACGCCGGCGACUCGGGUCAGCUGAGGAAGAGGAAGAGGGCAGCGUCGGGUGAGCGGCCCGAAACGCCUGUUUCUACCCACUCAACCAGCAUACACACGGACCGAGGAGGUGGCUGGUUCAGGGCCUUCUUCAGACUGCUCUUUGUGGACUGGAUCGGAGGGUUUCUCGGCAGACUGUGCGGCGGCAGACGGAAGACGUAA